CCGCUUCUCGCUGGGGCUGCGGGGUGUCUGGGGCUGGUGGCGGGCGGCUCGGGGACAGGGGUGGUGGCGGCAGCGGACGCGCCAGCGGCUGAGCCGGAGACGGGGGAGGGGAGGAGGGCGGCCCGGGCUGCGCGCGGGUGCGCGCGCGUCAGGCUGGAGCAUGAGCCGGACUUGACCGCGAGGCGGAGGCAAGAGCCACCGCCCCCUCUUCCCCUCCCCCGUGUGAGGCGGCACGGAGGCUGGAGAGGCAUGGGGGGCGCCCGCCCUGUCUGAGUCUCGCCGCAGGCUCCUCUGGCUCUCGCAGCGUUCCCCGCGGGCCUCCAGUGCGCACCCUCGGCCCCAGCCGUCUCUGUCCGGCGGACGCACCCCGGCCGGCGAGCAGGGGGCGCACCCCGAGGAGGGGCGUCCGCCCGGGUGGGUGGGGCGCAGAGAGUACCUGAGGUCACCGGCUCACCGCGAGAGGCUGGGGCUGCCACUGUCGCGGCAGAACUGCACAGCUGCGGGGUCCACCCGACCCUUACCCUUAGCCCGCCAAGUAACCAAUGUGAACUAUGUUGCAGAAGCAUUCAAGAAGUGGCUGAAAGAAGAAGGAAAAAAGUGCCACUGCCUAUCAGAAAAAAACAAAACAAAACAUGGGAAAUACAACCACCAAAUUCCGUAAAGCACUCAUCAAUGGUGAUGAAAACCUGGCCUGCCAAAUAUAUGAAAACAACCCUCAGCUAAAAGAAUCCCUUGAUCCAAAUACAUCUUAUGGGGAGCCCUACCAGCACAAUACUCCAUUACACUAUGCUGCUAGACAUGGAAUGAAUAGAAUAUUAGGGACCUUUCUUUUUGGUAGAGAUGGAAAUCCAAAUAAACGGAAUGUGCACAAUGAAACAUCUAUGCAUUUGUUAUGUAUGGGACCUCAAAUUAUGAUAUCUGAAGGAGCCCUUCAUCCUCGCUUAGCACGCCCUGCAGAAGAUGAUUUUAGAAGAGCAGAUUGUCUGCAAAUGAUUUUAAGAUGGAAAGGAGCAAAACUUGACCAAGGCGAAUAUGAGAGAGCAGCUAUUGAUGCCGUUGAUAACAAAAAGAACACACCCCUGCACUAUGCUGCUGCCUCAGGGAUGAAAACCUGUGUAGAGCUUUUAGUAAAACAUGGAGGAGACUUGUUUGCUGAGAAUGAGAAUAAAGAUACUCCUUGUGAUUGUGCUGAAAAGCAACACCACAAAGAUUUGGCCCUCAAUCUGGAAAGUCAAAUGGUAUUCUCACGGGAUCCCGAAGCUGAAGAAAUAGAAGCUGAAUAUGCUGCAUUAGACAAACGAGAGCCAUAUGAAGGAUUAAGACCUCAGGAUCUUCGCAGAUUGAAAGAUAUGCUUAUUGUGGAAACAGCAGACAUGCUCCAGGCUCCACUAUUUACUGCUGAAGCUUUACUUCGAGCUCAUGACUGGGACAGGGAGAAAUUACUUGAAGCUUGGAUGUCCAACCCAGAGAACUGCUGCCAACGAUCAGGUGUUCAAAUGCCAACUCCACCACCAAGUGGGUAUAAUGCCUGGGACACACUCCCUUCUCCAAGAACUCCAAGGACUACACGCUCUUCUGUCACCUCUCCAGAUGAAAUAAGCUUAUCUCCUGGGGAUUUGGACACCAGUUUGUGUGACAUUUGUAUGUGCAGUAUUUCUGUAUUUGAAGACCCAGUGGAUAUGCCCUGUGGACAUGACUUUUGUAGAGGAUGUUGGGAGUCAUUUUUGAAUCUGAAAAUUCAAGAAGGUGAAGCUCACAACAUUUUCUGCCCUGCAUAUGAUUGCUUCCAACUUGUGCCUGUGGAUAUCAUAGAAAGCGUAGUUUCUAAGGAGAUGGACAAACGAUACCUACAGUUUGAUAUUAAGGCCUUUGUUGAAAAUAAUCCUGCCAUUAAAUGGUGUCCUACUCCAGGCUGUGAAAGAGCAGUCAGACUAACAAAACAAGGGUCCAACACAUCUGGUUCUGAUACACUCAGCUUCCCCUUGCUCCGAGCUCCUGCUGUGGACUGUGGAAAAGGACACCUCUUCUGCUGGGAGUGCCUUGGUGAAGCCCAUGAGCCUUGUGACUGCCAAACAUGGAAAAAUUGGCUACAAAAAAUAACUGAAAUGAAACCAGAAGAACUUGUGGGAGUUAGUGAAGCUUAUGAGGAUGCUGCCAAUUGUCUCUGGUUGUUAACUAACUCCAAGCCUUGUGCUAACUGUAAGUCUCCGAUACAGAAGAAUGAAGGAUGCAAUCACAUGCAGUGUGCUAAGUGCAAGUAUGACUUUUGCUGGAUUUGCCUAGAAGAAUGGAAAAAACAUAGUUCUUCCACAGGAGGUUAUUACAGAUGUACUCGCUAUGAAGUCAUUCAGCACGUGGAGGAACAAUCCAAGGAAAUGACUGUGGAGGCUGAGAAAAAACACAAACGAUUUCAGGAACUUGACAGAUUUAUGCACUAUUACACAAGAUUUAAAAAUCAUGAACAUAGCUAUCAGUUAGAACAACGCCUUCUAAAAACAGCCAAAGAAAAGAUGGAGCAAUUGAGUAGAGCUCUCAAAGAAACUGAAGGAGGCUGUCCAGAUACCACUUUCAUUGAAGAUGCAGUUCACGUGCUCUUAAAAACUCGACGAAUUCUCAAGUGUUCUUAUCCAUAUGGAUUUUUCUUAGAACCUAAAAGCACAAAGAAAGAAAUUUUUGAACUCAUGCAAACGGACCUAGAAAUGGUCACUGAGGACCUUGCCCAAAAAGUCAAUAGGCCUUACCUUCGCACACCCCGCCACAAGAUCAUCAAGGCGGCAUGCCUUGUACAGCAGAAGAGGCAAGAGUUCCUGGCAUCUGUAGCUCGGGGAGUUGCUCCUGCAGAUUCACCAGAAGCUCCAAGACGCAGCUUUGCUGGUGGAACAUGGGAUUGGGAAUAUUUAGGAUUUGCAUCACCUGAGCUGCUGAGGAUACUUGCAAUCACCUUGUGGCCUUUUGUAUUGGAAUAUGCUGAAUUUCAGUAUCGGAGGAGGCACAGACAACAGCGCCGUCGAGGAGACGUGCACAGUCUGCUUAGUAACCCUCCAGACCCUGAUGAGCCAAGUGAAAGCACUUUAGAUAUCCCAGAAGGUGGCGGUGGCCGCAGGCCUGGUGCCUCCGUGGUAAGUUCUGCAUCUAUGAGCGCGCUGCACAGCUCUUCCCUGCGCGACUAUACCCCUGCCAGUCGCUCUGAGAACCAAGACUCUCUUCAGGCUCUGAGUUCCUUGGAUGAAGAUGAUCCCAAUAUACUUCUUGCAAUACAGUUAUCUCUGCAAGAAUCUGGGCUGGCCAUCAAUGAAGAAAAUAGAGACUUUCUCAAUAAUGAAGCAUCCUUAGGAGCGAUCGGCACCUCUUUACCUUCCAGGCUGGACUCCGUCCCCAGGAACACAGAUAGUCCUCGGGCUGCGUUGAGCAGCUCUGAGCUGUUGGAACUUGGUGAUAGCCUCAUGAGACUAGGAGCAGAAAGUGACCCGUUUUCAACUGACACCCUGAGUUCACACCCUCUCAGUGAGGUGAGAAGUGAAUUCUGUCCCUCAUCCAGUGACCCUGACUCAGCUGGCCAAGACGCCAACAUCAGUGACAAUCUUCUUGGCAAUAUCAUGGCUUGGUUUCAUGACAUGAACCCUCAAAGUAUCGCCCUGAUUCCUCCAGCAGCUACAGAAAUCAGUGCAGAUUCCCAGCUCCCCUGUGUCAAAGAUGAGUCAGAAGGUGUGAGGGAUGUGGAACUGAUGCCACCAGAAGAUUCAGUGUUUGAAGAUCCUAUGGUCAGUGAAGAUAGAAGAACACAAAGAGAAGAUGAAAAUCCUUUGGAAGGAAAUAUUCAGGCUGGGGAAGCAGCAUCUCAAGCUGACGACGGUAGUAAUGAGGCAGCCAACAAGGGGGAUGGUUCUGAUGUUUCAAGUCAGACACCUCAAACCUCAAGUGACUGGCCUGAACAAGUACAUUUAGUGUGAACUGCACACCUCGGGGCUCUAAAUGAAUCACAGGUACAGAUGGUAUGCUAGUGGAGUAUGCUUUAUAGAGACUUGAUCCUCUUAAUUCCAACUAAUUAUAAACCACUGACAUUAGGAUUAAAUAUGAAGGAGUUCCCUUGAAUGGUAGCUUCAUUUCUGAUUUUAACCUUACAGGGUUUUCUUUUGUAUUUAAUUGGAUAGCUUUUCCCCUUUUUGCUGACGAACAGAAGAGCAGGAGAGAGAAACACAAAUGAAAUAAAUAGGUUAGAUCCUACAUUUUAAGAAAAUGCAGUCCUCUGUUUAGCCUAAGGUCAGCAAUACUUAAAUUGAACAUUUAAAUUAAAGGCUUACUCUCUAAUCUUUGGGUGGUUUUUCCUUUUUAAAAAAAUGAAAGUUUUCUUCAUUUUAGAAGUUAUUUUGGACAGAUGUAAUAACAUUUCAUUCCUUAGUCUCUGUGCUUUUCCAUAAUUUUCUUUGUUCCUUUUUAUCUGAGCAGUGUGAAUUUUAGGUAUCCAAGACUUCUCUUUAGUGCUGCAUUUACCAUAGUGUAAUCCAUGUUAAUUUUCACAUGAAUCAGAGGUCUCUUUUCAUGUCUAUUUACAGUCCAACUUGUGCCAAACUCUGACUAGUGCUCUAACAAGGUGUUCAGGUUGUGCAGUGUCCUAGAGGGCUCCAGAGCAGUCUUAGCCUUCUUGAAAGUAAAAGGUGCCACUUGGUAGCAAUGAUAUUCCAGAAUUUAAUGGGCUUUUUUGUUGCCAUGGAGACUGCAUUUACAUAAAUGUAGCCUGUAGCUUAAGUUAACUAAAUCUAAUGCUGCUGUUAAGAACAGUUUAUUUUAAUAUUAAAAUACAGUUGAUUAGCAACAGCGGUGCUGUAUUUUAAGAGACACUUUAUUGGAAGUGCAAUCAUAGUUCUUUGUUUUCACAAUUUUACAGUGCAUUCUAAUUACUAAUGGGUGCAAUUACUUUUAAUGGUAAGUGUUUUAUAAAAUAGAAAAAAAGUGGAGUUUUCAUGAGUUAUAGUAAAUCCCACAAUUAUUAAAAAAACUCAAUAAAACAUCCUGCGCAACAUGUUAACGUGCCUUUGCCUAACCUUAAUGGAUAGUUGCCAGUUAAGUAAGUAAGUAAUUCACAUUUCAGUGUCUCUUCUGAAGUAACUAUGCUGUAUGAAUUGCAAAGACCUCCAUAAAACCACCCAUGGCCUUGCCUUUACAGUAAAUAUAACAAUUAAAUGUUCAAUCAGUUUGUUUGCCUAAAUCGCAAAUGCUGACGUGUUUGUUCUAUUGCACAAUACUCAUUUGCUGUGUGAUUACUGUUUAGUGUUGAAAAAAAUCAACUUCCUAGUUAUCAGUGUCUUACUGUGAAGAAAAUACUGGUCUUAGUUGUAAUUAAGAUACAGUGGUACAGUGUGUAAUUAAAACUAGAAUAAACUGUUGGAAUGGCUGUUUUACUUACAUAUUAUCAAAACUAGCAUAACAUAAGCAGAAUAGAUAUGCAACACUCCAUUUAAUGUCUUGCCAGAUUCUUAUCAGAAAUCUACAGAUACCAAAAUUUCAGUACCAAGUUUGUACAGGCAAGUCCUGGGCUGGGUAAAAGGUUAUAUUAGUAUUGAUAUCCACAUGAGUUGUAAGUAUGGUUUUUGAUUACUUUUUUCCCCUAAACCCUGCUUUUGAAAUUUUCUUGUACUUUGAAUCGUAUGGCUCAGACAUUAUAUUAUUUAAUAUUCCCCUUUUCCCUUAGGAUAAACUGUUCAGGAUUGCUCCUGUGCCAUGGAUAUCAAAAGUCCACACUGGUUUAUAUUUCCCCAGUUAUUCAGAAAUAUUGAUACCAAUCCCUAUUAAAAUUAGUUGGGGAAAAUAUUACCUUAAUCUGCAGUGUAUUACUGUAUAUUAAACUGAAAUAGUCCAUUAAAGGAUUUUUUUACAAAUUUAUUUUGAAUUGAAAAUAUCAAUACCAAUCAGUUUUAGAUCAAGUUGUGAUUUUUUAAUGGAAAGAGUCUUUGUAUCACAUUGCGGCGCCUUGCAAAGCUGCAGUAAGGUGAGAAAGAGCGCCCUGUGUGCAGGCAGACAGUGUAGCCGUGGGUUCUGGUUCCUCUCACUUGUGCAGUACCCUGUGUUUCUGUGGUGUUCUCUCCUGAGCAUGACAACCAUCAGUAUCCAAUUUGUAUUUCCUUGGUACAUAUUUUAAAAACACAGUCAUUGACUUUACAAUUCAGAAAUAAAGUUUGGCAAAGCCUAUUUUGUAAACAAGUUAAUUUUAUAAUGUAAAAAAAAAAUUACUCUAACCUUGACUUGUUAUUUGCACUUUCAUAGUCUAUACUUGAUACAUUCCCACUUUAUAUACAGUAGGAUUCUACAAACGUGUAGAUGUUUGGCCAAAUGAAUGCUGUUAAUAAUAUGUAAAAUUCUUUGAUUAAACAUUUAUUACUUAAACUA